AUGGCUGCAGUAUUCCCAAGAGCUUGUUACAAAUGUGGUGAAGUUGGACACAUCGCCGACAAUUGUGAACAACAAGAAAGAUUAUGUUAUAAUUGUCACAAACCAGGACACGAAUCAAGUGAAUGUGAAGAACCAAAAUCCACUGAUAACAAACAAUGUUAUUUAUGUGGUGAUGUCGGACAUGUUCAAAGUGACUGUCCAACCAGUGAACAAGGUUCUAAAUGUUACAACUGUGGAAACUUUGGACACAUUUCAAAAAACUGUAAUGCUGCAUCAACUGUGCAAUCAUCACCAAGAAAGUCAACUCAACCAAAAUUCAAGACUACCUGUUACAAAUGUGGAGGUCCAAACCAUUAUGCCAGAGAUUGUCAAGCCAAUAACACUAAAUGUUACGCUUGUGGUAAAGUUGGCCAUAUUUCAAAAGAUUGUCGUCAAAGUGGUAACAGUUUAGGUAAAAACUGUUACAACUGUGGUGAAAUGGGACACCUUUCAAAAGACUGUGAAAAUUAG